GUAAGGAGGACGUCAGCCUGAGGCUGAACCUGGAGGCUGAGUUCCACUUCACUCAUCUCAUCAUGAUGUUUAAGACUUUCCGACCUGCAGCUAUGAUCAUCGAGCGCUCGGCAGAUUUCGGCAGGACGUGGCGCCCCUACCGCUACUUUGCCUCCAACUGCACCAGGACCUUCCCCGGCAUACCCGCCAAAGGCUUGCACCACAUCAACGACGUGGUCUGCGAGGAGCGCUACUCCGACAUCGAGCCGUCCACUAACGGGGAGUGUAUAUUUCUUCCUUUCACAGAACUGUUGCGCAUCACCAACCUGCGUAUCAACUUCACAAAGCUCAACACCUUGGGAGACGACCUGCUGGACCGCCGCUCUGAUGUCCUGCAAAAGUAUUACUAUGCCAUCUACGAGCUGGUGGUCAGGGGGAGCUGCUUUUGCUACGGACACGCGUCGGAGUGCGCCCCGGUGCCGGGGGUCCUCACCCGGGAGAGCGGCAUGAUCCACGGUCGCUGCGUUUGCAAACACAACACGAAAGGGCUGAACUGCGAGCGCUGCAGGGACUUCCACCAUGACCUGCCGUGGAGACCGGCAGAGGCGGAGAACCCACACACCUGCAGAGGUGCACAGGCAGUGUUUCAUUUUUACCUGCAUGUUUCUCAGGUUUAUGUAAGAGGAGAAGACCCAGAUGCAGGCUAAAGUCAAACAAAGAGA